AUGAGCUUCAUUACUCGCAGAGCCCUUUCCACUCUCAUCCCACCUAAGGUGGCAUCCCCUACCGGGCUAGGUGCUGCUCAGGAUGCAGCACGUAUGCAGCGAGUAGUCAGCUUCUACGAAAAACUUCCUCGCGGCGCUGCACCAGAAAUCAAGCCAAAGGGUCUUGUUGGUAGAUAUCAAGCAAAGCACUUCGGGAAGAACCCAACGGGUACACGUAUGUUCAGACCACCACGACAGAGUGAACAAGACACUGACCGAAUUUCAGCCAUCAUCCAUGCUAUUGUCUUCUUGGUUGCUAUUGGUUAUGCCCAGAACUACUACUUCCAUCUUCGUAUUGCCUCCCAACCUUUGCUAUCUCAAGAGAUUCGCCUGCUGACUGAAUAUCAGGCCACCACAAGAACAACGCUCAUUAAGGAAGGGAUAUUGGGACUACGUGCGAUGGAGGCUUGUUAGACUACGAACGAUGUAAAUAAAUACGGAAAUACCAAGUCAAUUCUCUGAUCAAU